GAACAGGCGAAGCGGAGCAGGGAGGAGGAAGUCGAGCUGAAAAAAUGCAAACAGUCGAUCGCGACUCUGUCGCUCCCUGAGCAAAAACGGAACCAGAGUUGCUCUAGCCUCCCCCUGACGGCGAUGACCGGAAGUGAUGCGUUAAAAGCGGGACACGUGUGCCGUGCGGCGGAAGUAGCUCCGAAAAAAGUUUAGCGGUGUUGUCCGCAGAGGCUGCAUGGUGGGAACUGGGAGAUGGGGAAACAGAAGAAAGCACGGAAAUAUGCUGCCAUGAAACGCAUGAUCAGCCUUCGUGAUCAGCGCAUUAAAGAGAAAGACCGAGCAAAAGCUAAAGAAAAGAAGAAAGAAGAUCCCAGUGCCAUCAAGGAGACAGAAGUCCCCAAAUAUCCUUCAUGUUUAUUCUUCCAAUAUAACACACAACUAGGACCUCCGUAUUACAUCUUGGUGGAUACCAAUUUUAUUAAUUUUUCCAUUAAAGCCAAAUUGGAUCUAGUGCAAUCAAUGAUGGAUUGUCUCUAUGCCAAAUGCAUUCCUUGUAUCACAGAUUGUGUCAUGGCUGAAAUUGAGAAACUGGGACAGAAGUAUCGUGUAGCUUUAAGGAUAGCAAAAGAUCCCCGAUUUGAGCGCUUGCCGUGUACUCACAAAGGAACGUAUGCUGAUGACUGUUUGGUACAGAGGGUCACCCAGCACAAAUGUUAUAUAGUGGCUACUGUAGACAGAGACCUGAAGCGAAGAAUACGAAAGAUCCCAGGAGUACCAAUAAUGUAUAUAUCCAAUCACAGGUAUAACAUUGAGCGGAUGCCUGAUGAUUAUGGAGCUCCUCGAUUUUAAAUGUGAUAAAAAGUGCUUGCCAUGUUGAAUUCCAGUACACUGAGCCAGUUAUAAUGAAUUUAUAAUCUGGGUUCCUUUGUUAUGGUGCUUGGAAUUUGAACUAAUUCAUUAAACAAAUCUCUUCCAGAUAAAAUGGACAUUCUAUUCCAGAGGUGUCAAACUCACUACAAACUCAAACUCACAUUGUCACGGCGGCAUCACAUGACAUACCUGGACUUUUUUUUCCCUUUGCUAAAUGAUGCAUUGGUGUGGUCAGUGUAUGACGCACCCGGCCCAUGGACUGGGAGUUUGACAGCCCUGUUCUAUUCCAUGUUCUGGGAUCUAGUAUAAACAUUUAUAUUGCUUGUAAAUAUGCUUCUGAGAAUUUCUUCCUUAUUAUUAAGAAAUUUUCUCAUGAUGCAGCCAUCUUACAAAUGUUCAAUAUUCAUAUAUGAACUGUUGAAGUCAGUGUUUCUACAGUAUCUAUGCAGAAAUUCAGCCACAUGCUUAAAAUUGUCAAAACACUCAAUUUGGGUGCAAAGAAACCCUCUAUUCCAUACAUAUAUAAUAAUUUAAUGUAUGUGGAAAAUUACAAGCAUUGAUCCCGGCAUUAAUUAAAUAAUAUGAAGAAACCAAUAUAUAUAGAAAUAAAAAUUUCCCAACCUAAA